AUUCAUUAGCCCUUAUAGUCGACAACUUACAGAGAAAUUUCUUUUCCGAGGAAAAUAAUUAAAAUCAAAAGAACAGAAGAAGUAGCAAAAUAGUACCCUACUUCCAACCAAAAGAAACCCAAAUUCAUUGGGACAUAUUUCCUCUAACUGUAAUCUUAUGGUACUACUAGUGCAUUUAAUUAGGGCAGGUUACUUGAUGCCCUUUAUAAACUAGUAUUUCUUUGGUUUCAGUCCUUCAGAUCUAAGUAUCACAUACAUUUUAUUUUCUUAGACAUUUUUUCCUCUUUGAGAAACUAAAUUGGAAAAAAUAUCUCAUCCUCUUCUCUCUAGCUAAUAUACUCCUCAAUUAAUAAUUCUAUCUCAUCAACAACUCAAUUUUUCUUUUAUUUUAUUUUAUUACCAUUUACCAUCUUUGUCUCACUUUUUCUAUUUUCUUUUUCCUACCCUCCUUUUUUAUUGGAACCUUACUCACAAAAAGAGCAAGAUUUUGGGCAUAAUAUUCUUUUGAUCUAGGUAAGUUAAAGGAUUAAGAAAAUUUUAGUUGGAUUUUGGAAAGAGAAAAAAGGGAAGAAAACAUGGGUGCCCUUCUUGCUAAUUGGCCAUGGGAGAACUUGGGCUCAAACAAGUAUUUUCUAUACGGCCCGUUUAUUGCACAAGUAGCACAACUAUGGUGGAAAGGAGAAACAAUAAGCAAUACAUGGAGCUUCCAUAUUCUAUUGCUAUGUAGUCUUAGAGGUGUUCUCCAUCAACUUUGGCAUACUUAUUGCAACAUGCUCUUCCUUAGCCUUAAGCGCCGAAUUAAUCACCAAGGAAUCGAUUUUAAGCAAAUCGACCACGAAUGGAAUUGGGAUAAUUUCAUAAUUCUUCAAGCAUUAGUUGGAAGCUUAAUGUUGUAUAUGUUCCCAUCCUUAACAAAUUGGAACGUGUUAUGGGACGUAAGAGGAUUAAUUGCAGCUUUGUUGAUUCAUAUGGUAGUUUCGGAGCCGUUGUAUUAUACGAUACAUAGGUUAUUUCAUAACCAACCAAAAUUAUACAACAAUUACCAUUCACUACAUCAUUUAUCUCCUGUACUACAGCCUUAUACUGCGGGAAAUGCAACAUUCUUAGAGCACAUCCUCUUGUUGGGGAUCAUGGGGAUUCCAUUGGUUGGAGCAGCUUUGAUGGGAUAUGGUUCAAUUGGCUUGAUUUACAUCUAUGUUUUGGCAUUUGAUUUCUUAAGAUGUUUGGGACACUCUAAUGUUGAAAUUUUCCCACAUCAAAUUUUUGAAGUUUUGCCUAUCUUUAGAUACCUUCUAUACACCCCUACAUAUCACAGCAUACAUCAUUCAGAGAAAGAUUGUAAUUUCUGUCUAUUUAUGCCAAUUUACGACUUAUUGGGAAAUACUCUUAACGGCAAAUCGUGGGAGAUGCAAAAGCAAAUAAGUCUAAAUUCAGAGAAAAAUGUGAGGGUGCCGGACUUUGUGUUCUUAGCACAUGUAGUGGACAUAUCAUCGGCCUUGCAUGUCCCAUGGUUGUUCCGAGCAUAUGCAGCCUUGCCCUUCUCCGUGCGGUGGUUUCUCUUGCCCUGUUGGCCUAUUGUUUUAUUGGUUAUGUUCAUGAUGUGGGCAUGGGCCAAGCCCUUCACCGUCUCCUUCUACAACCUCCGCGGCAAGUUGCACCAUACCUGGGUUGUUCCUAGGUUCGGUUUCCAGUAUUUCUUGCCAUUUGCAACAAAAGGGAUCAACAAGCAAAUAGAGCAUGCUAUACUUAAGGCAGAUAAAAUGGGUGUCAAGGUUCUUAGCCUCGCGGCCCUCAACAAGAAUGAAGCAUUGAAUGGUGGAGGAACAUUGUUUGUUAACAAGCAUCCUAACCUAAAAGUACGUGUGGUUCAUGGAAAUACAUUGACCGCCGCAGUUAUUCUUCAUGAACUUCCAAACAAUGUCGAGGAAGUCUUCCUAACCGGUGCAACCUCUAAGCUCGGAAGAGCCAUCGCCCUUUAUCUCAGUCGUAAACAAGUGCGAGUUUUGAUGUUGACUCUAUCAACUGAGAGGUUCCAAAAAAUUCAAAAAGAAGCUCCAGUAGAAUGUCAAAAAUACUUGGUACAAGUGACCAAAUACCAAGCAGCCAAGAAUUGCAAGACAUGGAUAGUAGGAAAAUGGAUCACACCAAGGGAGCAAAAUUGGGCACCAACCGGGGCCCAUUUUCAUCAAUUUGUGGUUCCACCUAUCUUGCAUUUUAGAAGAGAUUGUACUUAUGGUGAUCUUGCUGCCAUGAAGCUGCCUGAGGAUGCCCAAGGUCUUGGCAGUUGCGAGUAUACAAUGGAAAGAGGAGUAGUACAUGCAUGUCAUGCUGGAGGAGUGGUUCAUUCACUAGAAGGGUGGACACAUCAUGAGGUUGGUGCAAUUGACGUGGAUAGAAUUGAUGUGGUGUGGAAAUCUGCAAUGAAGCACGGUUUAAAACCUGUUUAGGGUUUGGAUAAUUAUUGCUUAUAAUAAUUAAGAAGUUAAAAGGGGGUAAUCCAAACCCCUAAUUUCUAAUGAUUCUUGUAAUUUGCAAGUUUCCAAUUUUCUUCUUGCAAAAUCGCUUUAAUUAAUUUCUUUUUGUAAUUUUCAAUAUUAGAGAUAGGUCUAUUUCAUUUUUAGCUUGUAUUCAUUCCAUGUAUGUAGUUAUGAAAACAAAAAAGAAAAUUGUUAUAUAAUAACACU